UCUUCCUGUAAAUCCGCGGAGGAAGUAAGGUCUUCGCAGGUAAUACCGGUUCGUUUGAAAAGGUUUUAUCACUCCUAAUCCGGUAUUCAUUACGAAAGAGUAAAUACGGUCAUUUCCAAGGAAGCGAAUAUAUUUUAUCAAACAAUAUUUCGCUAUCCUAAAACCAAUUUUAUCCUCGGAUGGUUAGAAACCGAUUAGAUUGUGGCUAAAGAUGUAGGAAAAUUUUUAUAAAAGAUAUUUAUACACAAUGCCAAUAAUGUAAGUUUGAGGAAGACAAUGGCUUGUAUGCUGUUACUAAAUAGGUAAAUAAAUAAACAAAAAAGAAUAAUGGAUAUGUACGAAAAAAAUGUAGAAAAUGAUUGUACAUUAAUGAUUGAAGCACAAACUCCUAUAUUGCCAACCCAAUCAGAUAAUAAAAACAUCUGUGUUUCAGCAAAUAACUUGUCAUUUCAUCCCAUUAUUGUUGUUCAUAAUUUACAUAGUGAAUUUUUACCUCAGUUGAGAAAUGGAAUUCAGUAUAUUGUAUCAUCACAAUGUAAUGAUGGUAAUGAAUCUAUUAGUUCUGAAAAUAUAGACAAAGUAAAUGAUAAAACUGCUACUAAAAUAAAUGAUAAAACCACAACUCCAGUUGAAUGUGAAAAUGAAACAAAUGAUAAUUAUAUUAAUCAAAAAUCAUUAAUUGUGGAUCAGAUGACAGUGUUAGAUAGUGAAGAAAUGCCAUCGCAAAAUGAUCAGUUGUUAUCUGCAUCUCAUAUAUUGAAAAAUAUCAGUCCAACUGAAUUCCUGAAUAUUACCGAUUAUAAUACAAAUGAAAUUUCAUCUCAAAAAGAAAUAAACUUUUCACAAUUAAAUUUAGAAAAAAAUAAUGUUGAUAUUGAUUUAGAUGGAUUUUGUAAUUCACCGUUAUUAUCUGAUAAUGCAAAAGAAAUCAGUUUGGAUAAUGAAAGUCAUUUACAAGAUAGAAUAUUGUUAGAUGUUAUUGUUCCUAAAGUUUCAAUAUUUUCUGAAACUUCAGAAAUAGUAGAUGACAUAUUUGUAACAUCUUUAAAAAACCAAAAUGAGGAGAAUAGUACAUGUUCAGAUACACAAAGGAAAAGUAACAAUUUGCUUCAAGAAUCAAAUUCUGGUAAAACAGUAAAAUUAUUAAAGAACUGUGAAGUGGUAUUGGAAAAUAAUAAUAUACAUUGUGAUGAUGAAAAUAAUAAAAAUCGUUGUACAACUGAUGAUUUUAUGAAUAUUGAAAGAAAAACAGAAUGCACUUCUACAUCUGAAGAGACUGUGACAAAGUCUGCUGUUAAUGCUAUUUCUAAUUCACCAAUAUCAUCAAUUCCUAUUGUUUCAUCAAGUUAUGCUACAGAAAUAGAGAAACCUGCAGACUUAGAGAAGAACGAAUCAAAAGCAAAUUUAGAAGAUUCAAAUGUAACAAAUAUUCCAUUAACAGCUGUUGAUGUUGGUGUUAUAUCUAUUAUGCCAGUAGAAUCAGUUGUUUUAGGAAAUAUUACCCUUUUACCACAAACAUCACCAUCCAUAAAAUUCCAGGUUUUGCAAGAGGAUGGAAGUAUGAAAUGUGUUAGUGUUGAUCCUGUGUUUCAAGAAGAAUCUCAAGCAGGAGUUACAUUAAAUGGUAAUACAGAUGAAUCUGGUACUUCUGAGAAUACAACUUUACUUGCAGAAGUUGUCUCACCAAAUAUAGAAAAUGUUCGACCAUUUAAAUGUGAACUUUGCAGUGCUACAUUUAAUCGUCUUGGCAAUUAUACUCGUCAUAAGAAAAUCCAUACAGUUCCUACAAAGGAUGACCAAAGGUUUAACUGUGAAGUUUGUGGUAAGAAUUUUAUUCAGCGAUGUGAUUUAACAAGACAUAUGCAUAUUCAUAGUGGAACAGAACCUCAUCGUUGCUCAUUGUGUGGAAAAGGCUAUUUACGUCAUAGUGAUUUAAUAACUCAUCAGCGUUUUCAUAAUAAAGAAAAGCCAUUUUCUUGUCCUUAUUGUACAAAGGGAUUUUGUCAGAAAGGUAAAUUUAUAGAAUCAGAAAAAAGAUUGGAAUUAAACUAUGGUAUUGAUAAAAAUAUUACCGUUAACUCAAAGAGUAGUGCAAGCUGA